AUGGCGCAAGGCGGUCUCAAGUCCUCGGCCAGACCCGCGCCGACGGGCAAGCCCAAGCAGCAGAAGCAGAAAAACACCCAGCGGGUCGCGAAGCCCCAGAAGCAAAAAAAGGGCCUCGCCGCCGACAAGAUGCAGAAGAAGUUCGCCGCCGGCCUCGUCAACCAGACGGAGAAGCUCCUCGGCGAGCGCGCCGGCCACCUCGAGCUCAUCGGCAAGGGCAAGAAGGCCAAGAAGGAGGAGAAGGGUCCCAAGGGCGGCAGCCGCAAGUUCGGCUAA